AUGAGCCUCAGGACUCUGCCCACGCUCCGCGAGGUGGCCCAGCGCAGCCUGCUGAGGAGCGAGGCUGCGGCCAUCAGCGCUCUGGAGGACCUUCCCACGAUGCUCUUCCUACCGUUGUUCGAGGAGGCCUUCAAAAGCACUCGAACUAACAUCCUGAAAGCCAUGGUGCAGGCCUGGCCCUUCCCCUGCCUCCCCCUGGGGGCCCUGAUGAAGAGGAAGAUAGCCUACGGGCACAUCUUACAGGCUGCCCUGGAGGGGCUCGAUAUGCUGUUAGCCCAGAAGGUUCGCCCCAGGAGGUGGAAACUGGAAGUGCUGGAUUUACGGAGCGGGGGCCAGACCUCGUGGAACUGGCGUUCUGCAACCUUGGAAGACGGCAGCUUACCACAGGCCACGUGCGAGAAACCGACAGCGGCAGCUCAUCCGGGGACAGGCAUGGAUCAGCCCGUGAGGGUGGUGAUUGACCUGAACCUCAAAGAGCCAGUCCUGGAUGGGUUUGUCUCCACCCUCUUCCAGCUGGCAGAAGAGAGGAAGGGCUUGCUUCAGGUGUGCUGCAGGAAGCUUUAUAUUUGGGAACUGAGCCUGUACAACUACAAGUACAUCUUUGAAAUCUUAGACCCUGCCGACAUCCAGGAGCUGAGGGUGCAUAGCACCCGCUGCCUGUACUCCCUGCUUCCCUUUGCCUCCUACCUGGGCCAGAUGUGCAACCUGCGCCAGUUCUGUCUCUGCUACAUAUUGCAGGAAGUCACCGCAGAGACCAAGCAGUGCAUUGUCGCCCAGCUGGCCUCACAGUUCCUCAAGUUGCAUCGCCUCCAGAAACUCCACAUAAGCAGUGUCCUCUUCCUGGAGGGCCACUUCGACCAGCUGCUUAGGAACUUGAAGACACCUUUGAGUAGCCUGUCAGUGACUCACUGUCACCUGUCUGAAUCAGAGUGGAGCCGGCUCCCCGAGCACCUGAGCACCAGCCAGCUAGUGCAUCUGAAUUUGACAAGUGUCAAAAUGACCCACUUAAAUCCUGAGCCCUUCCGAGUUCUGUUAGUAAGCAUUUCAGCCACUCUGGUGACCUUGAACUUGGAGGACUGUUGCAUUGGGGACUUACAGGUCAGUGCCUUCCUGCCUGCCCUGAGCCAGUGUUCCCAGCUCACCACGUUCAACUUCUAUGGGAACCUCAUCUUCAUGUCUACUCUGAUCAACCUGCUCUGCCACACUGCCGGGCUGAGGCACCUAAGCGUGGAGCUGUACCCUUUCCCUGUCGAAAGCUAUGAUGACCAAGGCAUUCCCCAGCCUGAGAGACUUGCCCAGCAUUAUGCUGAGCUUGUGGGUAUCCUAAAGGCCAUUAGGGAGCCAAAGGUGGUCUACUUUGGUACUUUCCGCUGCUCUCAAUGUGACAGGCGGAACAUCUAUAACAUGAUCAAUGUCUGUGACUGUUGGACUCUUGCUUAG